AUGGUCAAAUACUGUGGAUAUGUUAUGCGAGACGAAUGGUUGAUCCAGCGAGCCGUUGAUUUAGGCCAUCCGCGCCCCGUGACCGUAGGAGACCGAAUGGACAUGCUUCUCAUGGCAUCUGACGAUCUCAGGAUAGCGACGAACGUUUACCCUUACACCAAACUUCGUCGCGUGAAAAACUCUAAGGGGACUAAGUUCUGGUGCAUUGCUUUCGCCGCGAACGAUCCUCUCUUGGAAAGGAUGCCAACCAGCGCACCGCCGGAGGAAAUAUACAAGGGUUUGAAGGAGGUGCUGCAGAAGACAGGCCCACCUGGUUGGUACCAAGCGUCCUGA